AUGAUGACGCACGCUUCUGACCGAAUCAAACACGAGCUUAUGAUAUCGAACUCGGGAAAACGGAUAAAACUUAAUUCUGCAGAUAUAAUCAAUGGAGACUUUUCAGUGCCUAGCCAAGUUGAUCAUGUUGCUCAUAUUUAUGAUCCAAUGAUACCAGCAAUAGUCUCCCCAAUAGAGUAUAAUACAAAGCAUGCUCUUGACCAAAUGCCUAUCGCCCUGAAAACAUACCAGCCUUCAUCUACGUUUUCAUACAAAUUACAGCUACCAAAUACACGGCUGGACGUCAGAAUCCUGAGUGUUGCUCAUCACGCCUUUGCCUCUGAUAUAUGUAAAGAACUUCAACAGAGGCCAUACUCAGAUGUAAAGCCUGAAUCGAUGAGCCCUAUGUUUGUUGCCACCUCUGAAUCAGAACAGAUGGAAAAUAUCGUAAAUUUUGAAACUACAAAUAAUACAAGACAGGAAGAGAUCUACAAAGAAAAUCAAACCAAGAAGUCAGUUUCAACUCUGUACUCUAAUGACAGCAAGAAAUUAGAUUCUACGUUUGAUGAGUUAAAUUGCUCAAAAUGGCUAACCACAAAGCUCAAGGAUUCUUCUCUUGAAAAUCAGUAG